GGCCGCGGGGGGGCGCAGCGGGGGGGUCGGGCGGUGCCUUCCCCCGCCCCGUCCCGGCUGGUCGCGGACGCAGCCCGGCGGAGCAGAGCGCAGCAGGUGAUCACAGCAGACACAGGGAGCUGGCAUGGCGCAGCCCAACGCGCCCCCCCCCUAUGAUGACAAGAACCCUCUCUAUCCCCCGCCUCCGGGGGGAUACCCCCAACCCCCCCACUAUGCUGGGGGGUACCCACAGCCUGGGGGAUACCCUGCAGCAGGGGGAUACCCACAACCUGGGGGAUACCCUGCAGCAGGGGGGUACCCACAGCCAGGGAUGGCCAUGCCCACCAUGCCUAUUCGAUUUGGUCAUGAUGGCAUUGGGGAUGGUUCCCCCUUCCAAUCAGCCAACUGGGACGACAGGAAAGUCCGGCAUACUUUCAUCCGCAAGGUCUAUGCUAUCAUCUCCCUGCAGCUGCUGGUGACAGUGGGGAUCAUUGCCAUGUUCACCUUCGUCUCCCCUGUCCGCUCCUUCGUCCAGAGGAAUGUUGCGAUUUAUUAUGCCUCAUAUGCUGUGUUCCUGGUGACCUACCUGAUGCUGGCCUGCUGCCAAGGUCCCCGGAGACGCUUCCCCUGGAACAUCAUCCUGCUGAGCAUCUUUACGCUGGCCAUGGGACUGAUGACAGGGACAAUUGCCAGCAUGUACCGGACCAAUGCUGUCUUGAUUGCCAUUCUCAUCACUGCCAUUGUGGCCAUCAUUGUCACCAUCUUCUGCUUCCAGACCAAGGUUGAUUUUACAUCAUGUCCAGGGCUCUUCUGUGUGCUGGGCAUCGUGGUGAUGGUGACUGGGAUAGUCACUGCCAUUGUUCUCUCUUUCAAAUAUGUCCCCUGGCUUCAUAUGCUGUAUGCAGCCAUUGGUGCCAUCGCCUUCACCCUGUUCCUUGCCUAUGACACCCAACUUGUGUUGGGGAACAGGAAGAACACGCUCAGCCCUGAGGAAUAUGUCUAUGGUGCUCUUACCAUCUACACUGACAUCAUCUACAUCUUCACCUUCAUGCUGCAGAUUGUAGGCCGGGAUUAGCUCCAGGACCCCUCCUCUCCAUCCCCCCUCCUUGUGCUGCCCCUUGCCCCCUCCUCUGGCCUCUGUACAGAAUACGGUCUCUUACCGUGACUCUAACGCUUUGGCAUCCCUACCCGUAGGCUGCUAAGGGAAGGGCUUCCCUCGAUUACCCCCCACAAAUUGUGAGGGGGGACUGUCUGCCAGCAUUCAGGCAAUGCUUGGCCUUGGCACCACUCAGAGAAGCUGUGCUGGUGGUGCCAGGCUGGCAGCAGAGUGCCACAGUCCUGCCUGGGCACGGGGAUCUGGCAGUGGCCACUGGGAUUGUGUUUUUGGCAAAGCCCAGUUAGUAUCUUUCACUCGGUGCCUUAAACAUGGCUCCAGCUGUGCCCUCCCCCCCCCCAGAGCUGCAGUGGUGCCCCGUGUGGGUGGGGGAGAGCUGGAACCCCUGUGGCAGAACUCAUGGCAGAGCUUAUAGUCACAGAAGCCCUGCAGCCACGGAUUUGGGCAAAGUUGCACUUGCUAAAUAAAAAACACUUGAGUUUUCCAGA